GGCGGUAGGAGGGAGGGCAGCCUCACGGCGGCCCGCCCCUCGGCUCCGGGGUAGGCUGAGACGGGAGGGUCCUCGGCUAAAGCCAAAAGCGGAUCAAAGUGGUGGGACUCGCGCCGCGGCCGCGGAGACGUGAAGGCCGUCCGCACGCCUCCUCCCGAUUCGGGUCGGUGCUCGCCCUCGCUCUAUCUCCCCGUCCUCAUGGAGAAGACGGAGCUGAUCCAGAAGGCGAAGCUGGCCGAGCAGGCCGAGCGCUACGACGACAUGGCCACCUGCAUGAAGGCCGUGACCGAGCAGGGCGCCGAGCUGUCGAACGAGGAGCGCAACCUGCUCUCGGUGGCCUACAAGAACGUGGUGGGGGGCCGCAGGUCCGCCUGGAGGGUCAUCUCGAGCAUCGAGCAGAAAACCGACACCUCCGACAAGAAGUUGCAGCUGAUUAAGGACUAUCGGGAGAAAGUGGAGUCUGAGCUGAGGUCCAUCUGCACCACGGUGCUGGAAUUGUUGGAUAAGUAUUUAAUAGCCAAUGCAACUAAUCCAGAGAGUAAGGUCUUCUAUCUGAAAAUGAAGGGAGAUUACUUCCGGUACCUUGCUGAAGUUGCAUGUGGUGAUGAUCGAAAACAAACGAUAGAUAAUUCCCAAGGAGCUUACCAAGAGGCUUUUGAUAUAAGCAAGAAGGAGAUGCAGCCCACACAUCCGAUCCGCCUGGGGCUGGCUCUUAACUUUUCUGUAUUUUACUAUGAGAUCCUUAAUAACCCAGAGCUUGCCUGCACACUGGCUAAAACAGCUUUUGAUGAGGCCAUUGCAGAACUUGAUACACUGAACGAAGACUCCUACAAAGACAGCACCCUCAUCAUGCAGUUGCUUAGAGACAACCUAACAGAUCAGAAGAGAAAAUUUAUGCAUCGUGCAUGCAAUAGAUCCCUGAUUUUGAGAUCCCAGCCCUUCUGCCAGGAGAACAAAACAAGGGAUCAGGCAGUGAUAGAACUUGGGAGAUGUUUCCAUAAUGUGCUGUGUUUCAUGCCACGGUAUUGUUCUGCCCUAAUUCUUUAUCAUGAAAUUAUUGCUCUUGGCUGAAGUAUUUUAAAGCAAAUAACAGGCAUUAUGUAUUUUUUACUCCAUAAUUCAGUGUACAUCUCCUAAGAAAUACAAUGUCUUCGAUAAUGCCAUUUUCACACCUAACAAAAUCACAUUCUUUCUUUGGCAUUGUCUAUACAGUUCGUAGUCCUACUGCCUCGGUUGCCUCAAAAAUCUAUUUUUAGUGAUUUGUUGGAAUCUGGGUUCAGAGAAGGACCACAUGUUGCAUUUGUGGCGUUUCACAUCUCUUAAUCUAGAGCGUGCCUCUUUCUUUGGGUGGGGACGUGGGCUUGUUGCAGAAGCAGGGGUAGGUUCCUUUAGACUGCCUCCCAUUUUAGAUUUGUCUUUUGCUUCCUUGUGGUUUUAUGUAGCUGGUUUCUCUAUCACCCAUCCAUAUCUCCUAUAAGUGGAGGUUAGCUCAAGAGGCUGCAUUAGAUUCAGGUUCAGCUUCUCUGGCAAGAAAUCUAGAACUUGUGCUGUGUCAGUGUGGCACAUCUAGAGUCGUGCUUGUGGGUCCUUAUCAGUACUGCUCCCUAUACCUAGCGUGCCCUUUCCUUUUCUGCCUAGCAAGUUCCUAUUCAUCCUUCAAAACCUUGUUUCUUUGAAGGAAAGCUAGAAGAGACCCGUUGCUAACUCAAUUCAAAGUGAAGCCAAGUUCCUGAUGGCUCCAGGGAGAUGUUACUUCUUAGGUAGAAAUGGGAUGCUAAUCACUUCCUCCUCAAUUCUUCAAAGCUUAAACCAGAGUAAGAGAGAUCACAAACCCAAAUUAGGUUGCCCUCUUUAUCUUUCUUUCCUUAAGAAUCUCCAGAGCAAAUAUGCCCCUUUGUCUCCAGGAGCUAAGAGCUCCUAACGGUAAAAGAACAUUGUAUCCUCUCAAGUCUCCCAAAACUCACUUGAAUUUUGCCGUAGGCGUUUGACUGCCCUGUUAUUGAGGCACAUUGGAGGUGAAAACUGGCGAAUAACUGGUCGUCCAGCUGUUCUUUUUGUAUAUAUUGUGCUGCGUGGACGUUCCUGUCACUAUCUACUGUUGGACUGCACACUCCUCUGUCAGCUAGCAAUCAAAAACCAGCCUGUCUCAGCUGGGGCCCCGUUUUAGGAGUUGCCUAAAGCGUUAACCACCGUUGGGGUGGACAGAGCCCCAAAUUGGAGAUCAGAGAGGCCUGGGCCAUCAUUCCUGCUAUUAACUUGCUGGGGACUUUGAGAAAAUCUCUGAACUUCUUUCUGGAAAGUUCAGAAACACUAUGACGAUGUUCCAGGAGUAUUUCAAACCCUGCUUUGAUCUACAUAAAAUAGGUAUUUGCAUUGUUUCUGCAAAAGAUUCCUUUGGGGGAUAGAGUGCUGUGGCUAAAAACAGCAUCACCAGACCGGAUAACAACUGCAUUCCUUUGUAUAUUUAAAGUUUAUGUCUAUGUCACUAACUGGAGUUUCUUUUUUUUUUUUCUUUUAAGAUUUUUUUUUUUUUUUUUAAGUAAUCUCCACACCCAACAUGGGGCUCCAACUCAACCCUGAGAUCAAGAGUCACAUGCUCUACUCACUGAGCCAGCUAGGCUCCGUGGCAUCUUUAAUGGAUGUCUGCUUCGAAAUUAUUUCUAGAACCAGGCAGAAUAUAAGUCAAUACAUAGUUAGAUUGUCAUAUUGACGAAGCAUCAAGGGCUGUGCGUGAUACCAACAAUAAGCCGCAGUGUCAACUUACUUGUCUGAUCUGUACGGCUUCAGAGUAAGCCAAUAAAUAAAUGGUAAUGUCCCCCCACACCCACCCCCCAGGCAGCUCUGUUAUGUUCUGGCUCUUCAGCGUGACCUGUCCCUCUGAAGCAAAGCACAGGACUGCAUGGUGACCAUGCAGGUCAGACCAGCAGGUGUCCCUGGUUUUCAUGUAUAACCUGAACAGCAUGGAAGUGACAGUGCUUCCUUCUGUUGCCUAGAUUCUAGGAUGUUUUUGUAAGCAGAUCUCAUUGAUCAAGAUCCUAGACCCUGACCUCAUGGCUCCCUGCAGCAAUGCCGUGGUCAGCUAGGUACGCUGCCCACUGCCCAACUACGGACACCAUUCCCAUCAGCUACAACCGGAGUGCCACCCCCUUAGAGCAAAGGAGUCUGGAGCACAGAUAACCCCAGCUCUGUCACUUCUUCCUCCUAAACCACAUUAUGGGUAAAAGAUCCACUUUUGUAU